AUGUCCGAUCAGAAUUAUCGGAAACCCUUGUUCCUAGCCCUCGCUGGGGCAGUCGCCCUCACUGUCGCCUACUAUACCUACACGCAACAUGCGAAACCCUCGCAAACAGAGCCCUCGUCGCUCCACCGCAGUAAUGCCAUCCGCCGGCCGAGGCAUAGAAGGCGAGGGCCUCGUGACUUUCAGCAGGCAAAUCUCGAAUACGACACAGUUGAGCGAGCGAUCCGCAGUCUCGAAUUGAGGGAUACAAACAGAGAUGGAUACGGAGAAUACGAGAACAGAUGGUUCUUUCCUACCCCAGCACACAGACAAGCGGUGGACUUGACGCUGAUCCCGUCUAAUCUGAGCUCGAUCAACGACUACCUCCUGCAACAUGCUCCGGCGCAGCUGUCCCCUCAGCAACAAGAACAUCUCCUCCUUCAUCUCCACGGCCUCUUUGUGCAGAACUUCCUGAAUGAGGAAUACCCAGACGGUUAUGUCAUUGGAGACCAUGCUUGGACGCUGGCACAAGCCUUGGAGCGUCUUGGAGUUGGUCCAGAUAUUGUUUUGCAGGUGGCGAGAGCCUUUGAUGAGGGAAGGUCUCUGUUUAGUGAUGAAUGGAGCCCACUCGUGGUCUCCCAGCACGAUCCCAGAAAUAACACCGCACAGACUGACGGCGCAACGGACCAAGAUGGCCUGGCUCCGCAUGAGGCACUUCAGGCUCUAGCAGAUCCUGGUGACGCGCAUAGCGACAUUUCGUCAGGCAACAACGAGGACGACCCCGAAGGCAGCCAAAAUAUGCUCGACCUUCUUUACCAUAUUGCUGGCGAGCAAGCUCGACGGGAAGGCUAUAUCCACCGCGGGGUUGAGUGCAAUGGCUGCGGCAUCCAUCCCAUUCGAGGCAUCCGAUAUCAUUGUGCAAACUGUUUUGACAUGGACCUCUGCGAAAGCUGCGAAGCUAGCUCUGCUCAUGGGAAAAGUCAUGUCUUCUACAAAAUCCGCAUUCCAGCUCCUUCGCGAGGGAAUAUCAAGCAGGUUGUCCCAGAAUGGUACCCUGGCAAUCCGAGCGCCUUGAUCUCGUCUUUGCCGGCCAGUGUAUCCAAACCACUACUCGAAGAAACGAGAAUGGAGCGGACCGAGAUGGAUGCCCUCUAUGAACAAUUCAAGUGUCUGGCCGGGCAUUUCUUUCCUGGCGAUCCUACUGGUCUGGGGUAUGCCAUUGAUCGGAAGGGAUUUGAUGCAUAUUUCAUCCCUACAACUGGAGACAAGCCUUCGCCCGCAAACUUGAUCUACGAUCGGAUUUUCGCCUUUUAUGACACGGAUCAAAACGGCCUUAUCACCUUCGACGAAUACGUACGCGGCCUCGCUCGUCUGCAAGACAAGAGUCGGUAUGCUCGGCUCAAGCGCAUCUUCGAGGGUUACGAUCUAGACUCGGACGGCUACGUGGACCGCAAAGACUUCCUCCGCAUGUUCCGGGCGUAUUUCGCACUCAGCAAAGAGUUGAGUCGGGAAAUGGUCGACUCUCAGGAAGAUUUUGGGUAUACCGAGGAGGAACUUCGAGAUAUCGUUCAAGGAAGCCAGCCCAUCAGCGCUGCGUUUGGUGGCGGCAAUCUCUAUGGUCACGAAUCCCGGAACGGCCAAGGCAAACAGCGUCAGGCGAACGGAGAUUUGCAACUCUCGAACGGUACGAAUGGCGUCCUGCAGCCGGAUCGUGAUAUGAGCGGAGAUCGUGCGCGGGCGAUCGGGAACGCCGCACUUGGCGGUCGGACCAGGAACCAUCCUUUCAGAUCGUUCAGACAGGAGCCUCCGGAGGACGAACCUUUGAUGAUGCUCCCAAUGGGAAGCAACUUCAUGCAGUCAGGGAUGGAGCAUGAUGAGGUACAUGCGGCAGAGUUCACAGGUCCCAAUGCUCCACUGCAGACACAUCCUUGGCCGCCCGUCCGGACGCCAGAGCCUCAAGAUGUGACCGAGGCAUUGGGACAAGAUGUGGCUCUAGACGAGAUAACGGAUCCCCUGGACCGGACCAGAGUUCUUUUUGCUCAGUCCCAACGUCUUGACGCUGAAGGUGACCGGGCCGAAGAAUCGUCACGCACCAGAGCUAUCGAAGAACGAUGGCGCCGGCGACAGUUUUACCUCGACAGCGAGGAAGGCUUGACCAAACCUCCAGGCUACACCGAACCGGAUAGUUCAGAUGACGACGACCUAUCCGAACCCAAGAAGAAUGGUCGGAGUGAUGUUAGUCCUCGGAGGGCGUCCAUGGCGUCGCGGUCUUCGUCCAAGGUUCGCUUUGAUGAUAGUGCCAUCGAGGGAGACUACGAAACGCGAUCGAAUGCGUCGUCUCGGAGUGUUCCUGUCAACGAAAGAUGGGGUGGCUAUGAGCUAGGCCAGGCCGAAACCGAUAUUGGUAAAGACAUUCUCUACCAAGCUGUGCAGCAGGGGUUCAACGAGUUGCUCGAUGUGCUGUUUAAAGAAAAGGAAGACGAGUACAUGGAAGCAAAACAGACUCGUGUGGAUCGGCAUUGCUUUGGAGUUGAGAGAGAUAGGUUUGACCGGCUGCUUACUGAAAUGGGCGUUGUGGAUGAAUCUGAAGAGGAGAUCAUCGAGAUGAUAAAACAAAGAAGGGAGAGCAAGGAGGAGCAAAAGCAGCUGAUCAAUGGUGCUGCAGAAGUGCCAAAACAGCACAACGGCGCUCUAUUCCCACAGGAUUCCGAAGAUCAUAUAGGACUGAUGUUCGGAUCUCAAGGUCUGCUCUUGAGGCCGGUACAGGCGACCGAAGCGAAAGGACCCUACCGCGACCCGACUCUUCCACAGUUUCGACCUAAUGAACCGGAACCACCGAGUCUGGCCUCCAAUGUGGUCCCUCCUGCGCCUGCGCUGGACCAGCGGCCAGAUCCUUUUGCAGGCGACCCGGCAAAAGCUCUCGAGACGUUCUACCUCUGGAACCAUCAUGAUGACGUCGAUGCAGAAGAAGACCGCCGUGGUGGCCCUGGGAAGUUGAGUUUUGCAGAGUUCCAACGGAAAAUGGUGUCUGAAAACGAGGCGUCCAAGGUUUUAGGAGGGAAGAGCAAUUGCGACUGCCAUGAGACAUGGGAGAGCAGUGCAGACCUAGGAAAACUGGCCUUUGUGGGUACUUGGUUGGAAAUGGCCAGUUUCUAG